AUGUUGGUUCUGAUUGUGAUUUUGGUUGUGGGAAUUGCAACAAUUAUUCAAGCUGGUACAGUACCAGGAUAUGAAAAUUUACAAAUUCAAUCUGAAUUAUCUAAACGUGAAAAUUCAGUUGAUAUGAUCUAUAAUUAUUUAACUGAUUCAGAAAUUGAUUUUAUUAAUGUUCAUUUGAAAAAUUUGACUAAUUACAAUAGUACUCGUUGUGAUCAAUGUAAAUAUAGAAUGAGAUAUGGUGGAUCCUUGAUUGAUGAAUAUCCUGAUCAAUCUCAUUUAGUUAGUUUGUUGUUGUUUAAGCAUUGUUUGGUUGUCAAUAAUAAUACUCAAUCUAGAUGUAAUCAAGUUGAUUUCUUUAUUUCAAAUGAUUUUGAGAAUGAGAAGAAAUACAAUGAUGAUUUUGAUUCUGGUAUUAGACGUGCUGGUGGACUCAACUUCUUUGAUAAUGAUUUCUUAAGAGUAUUAAAAAAUUUGAAUGUUUCAAAUGAUUUAGAUUUAGAGUAUUAUUGUUUCUACAAAGAUAGACGUGCUUGUAAUUUACCAGAAACUCCCGAUGUUGAGGAAUUGUUUGGUGUUUCUCAAUGGUGGCCUGCAAAACAACCACAUCAUUAUUAUGAACCUAAAUACACUAAUAAUUCUGAAACUUUUAAUGUCUUGCAUUUCAGUGAUAUUCAUUUGCAGCCAAGAUAUUAUGUUGGUACUGAAUCUAAUUGCACUACUACUCCAUGUGGUAUCCCAGAAUCUUUCAACCAAGAGCUACCAUCUCAAGAUUAUAAUUUCACUGAUUAUUAUAAAUCAUUCAAUCCAAACUUGACUAAUUUUGAUUUAUCCUUCUAUCCUGAUGCACAUUAUAACGAGAAUAAUGAGUAUAUCAAAGGUGAAUAUUAUGACUAUCCUAAAUAUCGUGGAUGGAAUUUCAAGAAUUCACCAGCAACACCAUUUGGUGCUUAUUUAGCAGAUUCUCCUGAAUUAUUAAUGAACAAUUCAUUGAUAAAUAUGAAUAAAGUCCAUCAAGAUGUUAAUUUUGAAUUCUCAAUUUUCAAUGGAGAUUCUGUUGAUCAUUUACUUUUGAGAAGAACCCCAGAAUAUGCUAAAUCUGUUGCUUUUAAAACAUUUGGUGCUAUCAAAAAGAUUCUUGGAUCACUUCCAGUUUUGUCCGUAUUAGGAAAUCAUGAAAUCAAUUUUAACUAUGGACAACUUAUUCCUCAAAGAUUCAACAAUAAUCAAGGAUACAAUGGUGCAGUUGAUGAGUUGGUUGACUUGUGGGUGUACAAUGAAUGGUUUGAUCAGAAGGAUGUUAAUGAGCUCAAAAGUCACUAUGCUGGUUUUCUGUAUGUAACAAACCGUGGUUUGAAAGUGAUUGGGUUGAACUCCAAUGCGUUCUAUCAAAAAAACUUGUGGAGUUACAUCAACCAUACAACUGAAGCUGACUUAUUCGGCCAAUGGAGUUUUUUGGUUGAUGAACUUUUAGCCAGUGAAAGAAAAGGACAAAGGGUAUGGAUCGUUACUCAUAUUCCCCUGGGUGAUUAUGACACUUUGCCAAUAGCAUCUAGAAUUUUUGGUAAGAUUGUUGAAAGGUUCUCUCCAUAUACCAUUGCUAACAUUUUUGUUGGUCAUACUCAUAAAGAUAGAUUCCUGAUAUUGUAUUCAUCCAAUUCAUCCCAAGAAGUUGAAGAUAUUAUUAACAUGACAUGGAAUGUGCAAUCUGUUUCUCCAUUAACUAGAUUAAAUCCAGGUUGGAGAUAUUAUGAAGUUGAAAAUGAAAGUUUUAAUAUUAUUAAUUCAUACAAUUAUUAUACUUUGUUGAAUGAAACUUUUGUCAAUGGUGGUGCUGAACCUGUCUGGAAAUUUGAAUAUUCUGCUAGAGAUUUAUAUGAUCCAGAGGGAACAUGGCCAGCUAGGGCUCCAUUGAAUGCUACUUUUUGGCAUAAUUAUGUUGUUACUCCAUUGAAAAAUCAAAGUAACAUCGAGUUUAAUCAAAAAUUCACUAAUUUACAAUAUAGAUUUGGUCCAAGUGUUGCUAAUUGUCAAAAUGGUACGGUUGUCUCUAAUCAAUGUUAUAAUGAGAAUUAUUGUAUUGUUACUUCAUUUUAUUCUGAUGAUAUGCAAAAAUGUCUUAGAAAUUAG